AUGGAACGAGUCACCGUCCGAAUGGCCCGUUCGGACCGCCGAACUCCGUGGGGAUUCGGCGUGACCGAGGCACCAGAUGGAGCCGUUCUCAUCGUCAAUGUGAGUCGUUUUCUGAAGUUGAUCAGGGUACUUUUUCUCAUUGGAAAUCAAACUGUAAUGUAUGUAGUUCCGGAGUUGUUCGAUCCCGUAGUGAUUUGCUGACCCCAGAAUGCCAUUCGGUUCCCCGUAAGAGCUUUCCCAAUCACCACAAAACACAUGGCAACUGAUGAUUUACAACCCGUUACUCCAGCUUCCUACCUCUCUCUUCUUCCCCACUUUUUCUUCCGCAUCCCUCUCAACGUAACUUGUCUCGGGCAUGCCGACACAGCAAAAAACUUAUUACAAUCCGAGUAAGAGAGCGGCUCGCGGAGCAGUGAGAAAUGAGUCGUAAGCUCAUUCGAAAGGGGAUCUGAACAUACACAAACACAAACCAUUCGCAUUUUGAGGUUGUCGGAGGCAGUCUGGCCGACCGUGCUGGACUUCGGAACGGGGACGUCGUCGACAAGUUGGAAGGUGAUCCCAAGAGGGCAAAGAGAGGAUGCACAGGCACAUUUUCAGAUCUGGACAACUUGGACAUCAAUGCGGUGGACCGUCUGCUGGUGACUGCUCACGACAAGAUCGAACUGAUCGUCACCAGGUACAGUUAUCCGAGGCAGUCUUCGGUCUUCCUUAUUAGUUAACCCAAUCCUUGAAAGUAGGCCGACUUACUACCAGUUUGGGUCGUCUGCAAACAGGUGUCGGCGUGAUCACAUCAUCCGUUCGCCCCUGAUAUCCCCAUCCUUUCGCUCUUUGUCUCUUCCUCUCUCCGUCUCUCUCGAUCCCUCUAUCUCUUCGUCUGCUUAUUUCCGAAUAUCCAAAUUUCGAAGCGAACGCACAGCCGAACAGAUAAGAAUCAGGCCAAGCGGCAACAUUCUUCCGAAUCUCUGCCGGGAAGUCGCGGGCACUGUAGACACAAGAUUUAUACAUAUAAUUCACAGACCCUCUCGGCUUCUAGAUCAAUCAGAAAUACAGUGCGGAGGCCUCCCCGUACACUGUAAAAGUCCAUCGGCAUACAGUUUUUGGCCAUUGCAGUGAAUCACUUUCGGUUUCGUUUCCAUUUUUAUCCUUUGGCACGUGACGGAUUGUGAUCUAGAUGAAUAACCUUUUCAGUAUUAGAGUCAAAAAUAUUCCCAAAAAAACGUUGAACUUCAUACCCACUUUUGAUUCCGUUACUCAUUGUGUCCACACUUCGAUUUUCGCUCUUUUCUCUCUCAAAAUUUAUUCAUAUUCUCACCCACAAAAGAGAAAAAGAUUGCUGCACUCGCUCCACUCGAUACUUCCUCUCUUUUCCUUUUCUUUCCUCUUCUUCUCAUUCUGCUUUCAUUCAGUCUAAACUCAAGUGAUGGUGAGAAUCACAACGACGCCAAGGCCCGGGUAGGAUUAUGAGAAGAAUACACUUUCAGAACUGAUGUUUCAACUUUUCAAUUUUUUGUUUCAGGCAAUUUUCGGGUGCCCCCGCUCGCAUCUGGCGUCCGGAAGUGACUGAGAAUUCCGGAAACGACGAGAGACCAUACCGCGUGAACUUGCAACAUAGCAGCGACGUGAGUGCCAGAAUGCGUUCCUCUUCUCAUGAGUCAUCGUUUCAGACCCGCCCGCCACAAGGAUUCAACAGUUCUGCCCUUCCGUUCGACACCGAUCAGCGAGUGAAACACAUGCAGUACAACUCGCCCCUCGGCAUUUAUUCCGACAAAUCAGCCGCCGAGCAGUACGUGCAGCAGACUCAGGGACUUGUGGAGAACCAAGGGUGA